AUGCAAAAUCCUUUAAUAACAAGUACUUUAUAUUUUACAAAAUAAUCAAAUAUGACUAGAUACAAAGGAUUGUUUGAAUUAAAUAAAAAAAAAAAGCACCUAAGUCCAGCUGAAAGGAGAAUUAAAGAAAAGAAAGAAAAAAAUAAUAAAACAUCUGAUUUUGAGGAAACAAUUUUAAUAACUAAUUCUGCAAAAUUAAUAGUUCCAUAAAGAAGAAUUACCUUUGAAAAUUCAUUGAAUACUGUAGAGGAUCCAUAUUUGUAAAAAAAUGAAAGCUCAAUUUCUGAGAGAUAUUUAGCAAAUUUUAACAUGUUGAAAUCAUAAAAAUAAAUAUUACCUUCAUUAUCUAAUUAAACGAAUAUUAACUAAAUAAAAAUUUAGACAAGAUAAUUAUUUGUUAAACCAUUACUAAAAAAAUAAAAAAGUCUUGAUCAUGUAGUUUAAAUAUGUUAUUAAAAUAAACAUUUUCCAUAAUUAAAGGAAGGAGCAAGUUUAAAAUGCUUGUUCAAAGCAUCUUCUUAUAAAGAUGAUGAUUAUGAUAAAAUAUUAAUUAUUUAAUUUGAAAGUAAUAAUAAAUCUAAAAAUUAGAUGUUGCAUUAAAAAGAACAUGCUCCUUUUGGGAGAAUUAGAAUGAAGUAACUAAUUGUGGUAACAGUUUAGGAGUAAACAAUUAAGAGUAAUGUGAUAAUGCAUUUUGCAUUUGUAAUUUAAGAAAAGAAUUCAAAAAUACACUGAAAAUGUACAUCAAUUAUUUUAACAAAGAUUGUCAAAAGCUUUUAUAAUAAUCUUUUUAGUUUAAAAUACUAAUUUUAUGUUAAAAUGGCACAAAUUUCUUUAGGAUUAAAAUUAUUAAUACGAUGCAAUAUAUAAACCUCGAUUUACAAAAAAUGUUCAUGUUGGUGGCAUUUAAUUGAGUAGGGUCUUAACUGAUUUCAAAAAAUCUAACUUUAAAAAAAUAAUAUACUUUGAUUCAAUAGAUAUAACUAAUUCAUCUUAAAUACACCCAGAAGACUUAUAAUAUAAAAUUCCUAUUGCAAAUUAUAAUAUUGAAACAACAAUAUUUUUGUUAAAAAAAAAUAUUUAAUCAAAGCAAUUUGAUUCUCAAUUAUUACAAAACAUAUCUAUGGCAUUUUAUUAAGGCAAAGAACAUGUUAUAAGUAAGAAAUAAGUAUAUUUUGAAAAUAUUGAUUUACACUUUGUUUUUGAUUAUUAUUCUACUUAAGAUUAAAUUAGUUAGGUUAUUUUACUAAGAAAACUUAAUGAUUUGAAAUUAAAAUAUUAAAAUAUUUUAGAGAGAAGCGAUGAAUCUGAUUCAACUUAAUUAGAAAAAGAUGAAUAUAUAAUUCAGUGGAUUUCAGCAACAAGAAACGAUUUUAUAAAUGAUUUCAAAAUCAAAAAGAAUGAAAGAGUCCCUUAGUUUUAUUUUACAAUAGGGGAUAUUAUUGUUAGGAAUUAAAAAUUAAAAUGGUAACAUUUUAGAUAUAAAAAUGAAAAAAUUUAGAGUAAAUAUGAAAAUAUUUGCAAAUUGAUAGCUAAACUACAUUAAGAUCAUUAAAAUUUUGAAAGGCAUUAAAAUAUAAUUAAAAUUAAUUGCAUACUUUGUAUUGAAUGA